UCUGCGUCAGGUCUGCUGCUGGAGGACAACCCGUCCAUCAGAGCCAUCACCCUGGGUCACGGUCACAUCCUGCUGGGGACCAAGAACGGAGAAAUCCUCGAGAUCGACAAGAGCGGACCAAUGACACUGCUGGUUCAGGGUCACAUGGAAGGCGAGGUUUGGGGUUUGGCGGCUCAUCCUCUCCUUCCCGUCUGUGCGACCGUCAGCGACGACAAAACUCUGAGGAUCUGGGAGCUGUCCAACAACCACCGCAUGGUCGCUGUGCGGAAACUCAAGAAGGGUGGGCGGUGCUGCGCCUUCUCUCCGGACGGUAAAGCUCUGGCGGUCGGUCUGAACGACGGCAGCUUCCUGGUGGUGAACGCCGACACACUGGAGGACAUGGUGACCUUCCACCACCGCAAGGAGCUCAUCUCUGACAUCCGCUUCUCCCUAGACGCGGGGAAGUACCUGGCUGUGGCGUCACAUGACUCCUUCGUGGACAUCUACAACGUCCUGACCAGUAAGAGAGUCGGUAUCUGUAAGGGAGCCGGGAGCUACAUCACACACAUGGACUGGGACUCCAGAGGUAAACUGCUGCAGGUGAACACCGGAGCUAAAGAGCAGCUUUUCUUUGAGGCUCCACGAGGACGAAAACAGAACAUCAGUGUGGUCGAGUUCGAGAAGCUGGACUGGGCGAGCUGGACGUCUGUUCUGGGUCCGACCUGUGAGGGAAUCUGGCCGGCGCUCAGCUUCGUUAACUCCGCCUCCCUCACCAAAGAUCAUAAACUGCUCGCCACGGGAGACGACUUCGGCUUCCUCAAACUGUUCAGCUUCCCGUCCAGGGGACAGUUUGCUAAGUUUAAGAAGUACAUGGGUCACAGCACCAACGUCACCAACGUCCGCUGGUCCAACGACGACUCCCUCCUGCUGUCGGUGGGCGGGGCCGACACGGCGCUGAUGAUCUGGAGCAGAGAGCCUCCCGGUCACAAAGAGAGCAAAGCUGUGGACAGCGAGGAGUCGGACGACGACACCGAGGAGGACGGGGGGUACGACAGUGACGUGGCGCGGGAGAAGGCGGUGGACUAUGUCACAAAGAUCUACUCGGCCAGCAUCAGAAACAUGACGGGAACCCGACCUCACCUGCAGCACAAAGAGCUUCCUGUGGAGGAGAGACCUCCUGUGAGUCGAGCUGCUCCGCUGCCCGACAAGCUGCUGAGAAACAACGUGACCAAGAAGAAGAAGGUGGUGGAGGAGCUGGUGUUGGAACACGUCUUUGGCUACAGAGGCUUCGACUGUCGGAACAACCUGCAUUACCUCAACGACGGCGCUGACAUCAUCUUUCACACGGCCGCCGCCGUCAUCAUCCAGAACCUGUCUGCUGGAACUCAGAGUUUUUACCUGGAACACACGGACGACAUCCUGUGUCUGACUGUCAAUCAACACCCCAAAUAUCAAAACAUCAUCGCCACGGGACAGAUCGGUGACAUCAGCGACCUUCCAGGCCUCGCUCCAUCCAUCCAUGUGUGGGACGCUAUGACUAAGCAGACGCUGUCCAUCCUCCGCUGCUCCCACGCCAAAGGUGUCGGCUACGUCAACUUCAGCGCCACAGGGAAGCUGCUACUGUCGGUGGGGGUGGAGCCUGAACACACCAUCACAGUGUGGAGGUGGCAGGAAGGCUCCAAGGUGACGAGUAAAGGAGGCCACGCUGAGCGGAUCUUGGUGGUGGAGUUCAGACCGGACUCUGACUCUCAGUUUGUGUCGGUGGGGAUCAAACACAUCAAGUUCUGGACUCUUGUUGGAGGGUCGCUCGUGUAUAAGAAAGGAGUGAUCGGCUCGGUGGAGGACGGACGGAUGCAGACCAUGCUGUCGGUCGCCUUUGGUGCUAACAACCUGACGUUCACCGGUGCUAUCAACGGAGACGUGUUCGUAUGGAGGGAACACUUCCUGAUUCGUGUGGUGGCCAAGGCGCACAGCGGUCCGGUCUUCACCAUGUACACCACCCUCAGGGAUGGACUCAUCGUCACCGGGGGGAAAGAGCGGCCGACUAAAGAGGGCGGGGCCGUGAAGCUUUGGGAUCAGGAGAUGAAGCGCUGCAGAGCGUUCCAGCUGGAGACUGGGCAGCCGGUAGAGAACGUCCGCUCCGUCUGCAGAGGGAAGGGUAAAAUCCUGGUAGGAACCAAAGACGGAGAGAUCAUAGAGGUUGGAGAAAAGAACGCCGCCUCCAACACCAUGAUCAACGGACACACUCAGGGGGGCAUCUGGGGUUUGGCGACUCAUCCUUUCAAAGACGUCUUCAUCUCUGCCAGUGAUGAUGGGACCAUCCGGAUAUGGGACCUGGCUGAUAAGAAACUUCUGAAUAAGGUGAGUUUAGGUCAUCCUGCCAAGUGCACCUCCUACAGUCCAAACGGAGAGAUGGUUUCCAUCGGGAUGGAGAACGGCGAGUUCAUCGUCCUGCUGGUCAACUCGCUCACCGUGUGGGGAAAGAAGAGAGACCGCAGCGUGGCCAUCCAGGACAUCCGGUUCAGUCCAGAUAACAGGUUCUUGGCGGUGGGUUCAGUGGAAAGUGCCGUGGAUUUCUACGACCUUUCUCUGGGUCCGUCCUUGAACAGGAUUGGCUACUGUAAGGACAUCCCCGGCUUCGUCAUCCAGAUCGACUUCUCUGCCGACAGCAAACACAUCCAGGUGUCCACCAGCACCUACACUCGCCAGGUGCACGAGGUGCCCUCGGGGAAAGUGGUCACAGAUCAGGCCGUCUUUGAGAGGAUCACUUGGGCUACCUGGACCAGCAUCCUCGGCGACGAGGUUCUUGGCGUUUGGCCUCGUAACACUGAGAAGGCCGACGUGAACUGUGCUUGUGUUUCACACGCCGGUCUCAACCUGGUGACUGGAGACGACUUCGGCCUCAUCAAGCUCUUUGAAUUCCCGUGUUCAGAGAAAUUCGCCAAACACAAACGAUACUUCGGCCACUCAGCCCACGUGACAAACAUCCGCUUCUCCUGUGAUGAUAAAUACGUCAUCAGUGCUGGAGGCAGCGACUGCAGUUUGUUUGUGUGGAAAUGUCAGUGAGAUCUCCAUAAACCUGAAUCCUCCUCCUUCCUUUCCUCCUUCCUCUCCUCCUCCUCCUCCUCCUCCUCCUCCUCCUUCCUUCCUCCUCCUCCUCC